AUGCAGGUCUAUGCGCUACAACGACAGUCUCUCAUUCCACAAUCUUGGAGUCGGUCAGCUAAACAUCAAAAGUUAACAUGUAUCUCCGCGCGUAGACUUAUUUCCUGUACACGUCCGCAUCGAUCACACGAAAACUCGCAAAGCGGGGAUGCAUCUGCCGAGCCUGUCUCUGCUGGCAAAGACCAGCAGAGGAAUCUCAAGGGGAGCGAUGAUGCCGCAGAACAGCCUCUGCCAUUACUCCAACGGCCGCUGGGUGUCCUCGAGAGGCCGUCGUCAUUACCGAGGUCAUGGGCUCAAACAAGGGAUGAGCUGAUGGACCAGGAAAAGAGGAUGGAAAAGCGUCGGCAUCUGCUCAAGGCUGCUACAAAAGGCUACUUUACUGAUCUGAACGCGACGAGGAGACAUGGUGGAAAGACGUGGGUUGCACCGAAAGUUAUGAUACGGGAGGAUAAAGCGUUGUACUUUCCCGACAUUUCUGGAACCACGUUAACGUCUAAACCAAAUGUUCACACUACAAGUCUUUGCGCCGGCAAGGUCUCGAUCAUCGCUAUGCUUUCCACCAGAAUAUCUGAGCUUCAAACCGCGAGCUUCAUCAAACCCACGCACUCGCAAUUCUCUUCUCAUCCCCAUUACCAAUUCGUCCAGAUUAAUCUACAGGAGAACCUACUGAAAUCAUUGCUCGUCUCUUUAUUCACGUCGAGUAUCCGCAAGAGUGUUCCAGAAAACUUGUGGGACAAAUAUCUCGUCAGUAGCCAAAAUAUGGACUACUUGCGAGACGAUAUGGGCAUGGCGAAUCGACACGUUGCAUAUAUCUACCUAGUUGAUCAGCAGUGUAGGAUCCGCUGGGCCGGUUGUGCAGAUCCUAUGCCACAGGAGGUCGAGGCGUUGGAAGUCUGUACUAAAGUUCUUCUUAACAGACAUACAAAGCCCGCAGAGAGCACAUAG